UGCAGCAUCACAUCCUGUCUGACUGGACUGGGGGUAAACUCCGAGUGGAGGCGAGGAGGGAGCAGAUCUUUCUGGGAGAGAGUUUGGGAAGGAGCGCUCAAGCACCGGAGUAUUUUCAAAGUUCAUCAAAUCGGAUUGUUCCUGCUUGGAGGGGAACAAAAAAAAAAGAAGGAAAACGUGUACAAGACAAUGGUCCGUGGGAUUAUCUGGAUACUUUUUCCGUGAUGCUCCGGAUAAACUUUGACUGGACGAUGGUUUCGCUGCUUUUGGGAGGUUUUCUGUGGUUAUUUUUUCUUUCAUAUCCCUCACAGGCCAUCUUCUCUUACUUCGCAGUCUCCAAUAUUUAUACCAUAGAUGGCAAUUAACAUAAUCUCGCGUUUUCUGUUAAUUUCGAAGAGUGAAGGACAACACGCAGUCCGGAUUGCCCCCCAAACGCAGAUUUUUGGCAGUUCAUGAAUGCAUCCGUAAUCACCCAGGGGAGCCUCAAGUACUUAAAUGGGUCCAUCACGAAAAAGAGACAAUCAAGCUCCUUUAUGUCUCAAGAUCAGCUGCAGUUUCUGCACAUUGUCUGUUAUGAAUAGACCGAUCUCCAAUUGAACCUCUUCACUUUGGAGAUUUUUCGAUUUUCGAUUAUACAGCUAUUGAAAUUAGGAUGCGCCGCUCCUUUCUCCCUGCGCUUGCUGGUUCGGUUGGCUUUUUUUGAUUGACAGAUGAAAUUGACACUCGGGUUGCCUCUUAUCAAGCGAAGCAUUUCAUUCCGCCGCUAAUUGCAGAUAUAGUGCCAUCCUUUUCUUUUCUCUCCGCGUUUGAUUGCAAUACAACCUCCCAUUGCACACAAGAGGAAUGAUCGAUCAUAUGUUUAGUUUUUCUCCCCCCUUCUUCUAAUUGCAUCAAAAUUUCUUUUGUCGCCAGGGUUUAAAUGCAGGAGAAACUGUAAUUCCUUGUUUUGGACCGGAUAUAGUGUGGGUUGGGGCAGGGAUGCGUAAUGCGCAGAGAAAGCUCCGUUUCCUCUCCAAAUAGACGGCGUUUGAGACCCAAAAAUGUCUAAGUCGGAGGUGAAGAAGGAGUCGGCGGAGUCCAGCCCGUCGGAGGCCGCCUGUCUCUGCUCUCCUCCGGCGGCCAAGAACCAGUGCGCCAACUGCGGCAUGGACAUCCAGGACCGGUACCUGCUGAAGGUCAACAACCUGAACUGGCAUUUGGGCUGUCUGGAGUGCUCGGUGUGCAGAGCCUCCCUGCGCCAGCACAGCAGCUGCUACGUUAAAAACAAAGAAAUCUACUGUAAACUGGAUUAUUUCAGUAGGUUCGGCACCAAGUGCGCGCAGUGCGGCCGGCAGGUGUUCGCCAGCGACUGGGUGCGCCGGGCCCGCGGCAGCGUCUACCACCUGGCCUGCUUCGCCUGCUUCUCCUGCAAAAGGCAGCUGUCCACCGGCGAGGAGUUCGGCCUGGUGGAGGGCAGGGUGCUCUGCCGCAGCCACUACGACAUCAUGCUGGACAACCUCCGCAGGGCCGCCGAGAACGGGACGGGCCUGACUCUGGAGGGAGCGCUCCCCUCGGACCAGGACUGCCAGCCCAAACCGGCCAAGAGGGCGCGGACAUCGUUCACUGCUGAGCAGCUCCAGGUGAUGCAGACCCAGUUUGCUCAGGACAACAACCCUGACGCCCAGACGCUGCAGAAACUGGCAGAAAUGACGGGACUGAGCAGACGAGUCAUACAGGUUUGGUUUCAGAACUGUCGGGCGCGGCACAAAAAGCAGCCGCCGCCGAGCGGCUUUUCACAGAACGCUCCGCUCUCCAGGAUGCCUCCCUCUCUGCCGGAGGACAUCCACUACUCUCCCUUCAGCAGCCCGGACCGGCCCCAUCUCCUGGCUCUGCACGGAUACUUAGACACGCAUCCCUUCUCCGUCCUCGCAGCUCCGAGUCAUCUGACGCAUCCAUCGAUCUCUUUGCCACAGCUUCCCAUCAGCCGCUGAUAUCCGUCGCCGUGUGAGACGGAAUUGUGAAAAAUUAUCAUUUGGGCCGUCCUGUCGGUGGUGUCAUCUGUUUGGGACUCAGCAAGAUCUGUGGGAUUCUUCAUUGUGAGACUGCUGCAAAAUAAUGAUGAGGAUGCUGCCUUCAAGCCAACGAAGGAGCUCUGUUUUUUCCCUCUUUUUUCUCACAAAAAGAAGGGGAACUUUUUUUGUUCUCCUUGUUAACGGGACAUAAAGCAUUGCGGUCAGGUCAGGAGAUCUGUUUUUCUGCUCUUCCUUUUGAUUUCUGCAACACAAGCAAUCAAAGUAUUAGAAGAGUGUCUUAACAGUGUUACAGUAAAACCUCAGCAUUGUUUUUUUUUUUUUUUUGUGUCAGUGGUGAGCAUUUGAAGCUUUACUGGUGUUGGUUGUUGUACUGUCAGAAAACAGAAACUUUUAUUUAUUCAGAGCAAAUCUUUACUUCAAAAAAGCACUUUUAAAUGUGUGUUGACAUGGGAUUAUUCAGUGAUUGUACACUGUAAAUACUUCUAUGGGUUAAUAAAAUGUAUAA